AUGAGCUCCACACACGAACCUGGUCUGAGAGAACAAGAUCAUGAUUUGCUUCCAGACACUCUGGAAAAAGCUGCGCUGGAAAAGGACGUGGAUUUUACGGAAUCAUCUUUCUUUCAGGUUGGAAGAGCCAGAAGACUUCCAGCCGUUCCAAGUGUCGAUUCAAAUCGCCAGGGCACUUUGGUCGUCUCAGAAAUGCGACUCCUCAUCAAAUUUGGACCACAUGUGACGAUUGAUGAAGCGGUUACGAUGAGGGCAGUAAGAAGGCGACUAGGUCAUCGAGUUCCAGUUCCAGAGGUUUUUGGGUGGCGAGUGCGUCAGGACAGAGUCUUCAUAUAUAUGGAGCUGAUUUCUGGACUAACAUUACAGGAAGGCUGGGACGAUCUAAAUCUCUCGGAGAAGGAUUCUCUCUGCGAGCAACUCGGUCAGAUUCUCUCAUCUCUACUGCAACUUGAGCAGAGAGAUGAGUUCAUCGGAUCCGUCACUCGAGGGCCAUUACUCGAUCGAGUCUUUUAUGACCGCCCAGAGACCCGGCCGUUCGACGGUCUCGACAACUUCUACAACUUCCUUGAAUGGCUUCCGCAGCGAUUCUUAUCGACUCCUCAGAGACACAGAGAUCCUUAUCUUGAGCCUCUCCGACUGGGAGAAGCCGAUCCCACUGGUAUUAAAUUCACCCAUGCCGAUGUCCAUCCUACGAAUAUCAUGGUGUCGGCCUCGUCGAACCUCGGGCCACCGCGCAUACUGGCGUUGAUCGACUGGGGACAAGCAGGUUGGUACCCGGAUUACUGGGAGUCCUUUAAAAUGUGUUAUACGACGGACCCCGAGGGUGUGUGGCGCAACACGUACAUCCCAAAGAUCAUUGAGCCUCGGGAAUACGAACAGUAUCUAUUGGCCGAAUAUACCAUGAGUAUCGGAGCUUUAUAA